AUGAUCGCAAUCGUUAGAUGUCGCACAAGUUUUUCAGACGCUGCUAUGAAGAGUAUACAAUUACAAGCUGUGCGCGCCAAGCUGACGGAUUCUGCCGCUGAUUGGUUUGACGAUUCCGAAAGUCAGUUCACUUCAUGGCAGGAGUUUGAACACCUAUUCAAACGUCGAUGUUUAUCGGUUGUUUCAACUCAAACGAAAUUCGAUAAAUUGGUAAAACGUGUGCAACAACCGAAUGAACCUAUUGUCAGUUACUAUGAUGACGUGCUCCGAUUGUGUCGUGAAGUCGAUGCGAACAUGACAUCUAUGACAAUUGUACAACAUCUAAUCAGUGGGGUGCGACAGGAUGUAAGGGAACAACUUUUACGACCGGACUCGCCAACGGAUACGCCUGAAAAGUUUUUUAAAAUUGCAAAAAAGGAAGAAGAUCUCAAGCAGAUAUCACAGCCUGUCGAUCAACCGGUUUCUCAUUCAUAUUUUUCAUUCAAUGAUCAGCCAAUAAUAUCAGCAGUAAAUCUGUCGCUGUCAGACAAACGUUUGAGUAUUCCAUCCAUACAAUCAAAUCAGGCACGACAUUCCGGAGCCACCACCAACCGACAACCUCAACAAUACCCAAGUAAUCAAUAUUGCGCUUCGCCAAAUACAACUCCAUUUCGCCCAUUCUAUUUUCGGGUAACUGGGUCGUAUGAUGGCGAUGUAUCCAGUAACAAAAUGCCAUCAACGAGAUCUAUAUCGCGGAAUCCUCUUUACAUCAAAGUUCAACUCAUGUAUGGACGUCAGCCGGUACUCCCAUUUGAUCAACAAUCGCCUGUUGUCUCACUCGAACAAGAUCCGCAACAUUUAAACAAAUUGACUCAAUAUUUAUCCCAAAUAACCGAUGAAGCCCGCCAAAACAUCAUCCACAGUCAACAACAAUAUAAAACUCGUUAUGAUUCGAAUCGAACCAAUCCAGAGUACGAUAUGGGAGACCUCUUGAAGAAUCACCAAUAUGCAGUAGCUUAUCCGCCAUUUCGACCACCUCCAUACGACGCUAUUUUCAUCAAUAAAUUAACGUCCAAAACACAACUCAAUGAACUAAUUCAACGAGCAGCUACAAUUAAUCACUACACCGUUGAUACAGAAGGCGAUUUCGACACGCAUGAACCAGCCUUACUUCAGAUUCAAUUCAUUUCGGCCUAUUCAAUUGUAUUAUUAGUCGAAGUACAACACCUACCUCCCCCGAAUUCCGAACGCUAUCAUCUUAUUGCCAAGCUGCUCACUUCAGUUUUCAAUGCUGAAAUGAAUUCAAUUUAUGCAUGGGGUGAUGCGCGUAAAGAACUGUCUCCAUUUUUGUAUUUGCAAUUGUUUCAGUUACGUACUAUCGAACAAACAGGAGAUGUUCACUUUGCAUUCCAGGAGCGUGAUCAAUUGAAAAAUCCACAUCUACCAUAUCACGAAUUGGAAUUAGAACUUCAUCCAUCCGAGCUAGCAUCCUGUAAAUGCGAAACCUGCAUUGGACGGACACCCGAUGAACCAUGGUCUCUGCAAGAUAUGGUCGUCAUUGAAUUCGGACAGUUUUGGGAUAAACAGUUCACGAAAUCCCCGUGGACCAUCGGCCUCGAUCCGCUGUUACAUACACCCGAUCAAAGAAUCCCUCGACGUUACCAUCGCACCACAUAUCGGGAACAAUUGAAACAAUAUGGCAUUUAUGACUGCCUCACAGUUACCAAACUGGUUCAAAUAAUACAAGCCCCCGAUCCUCGUUCCCCUGUACCCUCCCCGACAAUCAAUGCUCAAACACCCGAUGUUCAAAAUCCCAGAUCACAACACCCUGUUCAAGUAGUUCAAUCAGUCGCAGUUAUUCGUCAAUCUCCAGUUCAAUCCCCAACAACCAUUUCCUCAACACUCGACCCACUACUCGUCGACACACCAUCAGCAGACAUUAGCAAAAAUGAUGAUUCGCUACUAGUUCAUCGACCCGGACAACCUUCAGCGGCAGCGAAAAAACGACUUAAUCGAAAAUAUACCUUGAAUCGACGUAAACCAACGAUCCAAUACCGUCAUGAAAUUGUUGUUCCUGAUAUUUAUCAUAAAUUUACUCCUUUAAAAGUAAAAUUCAUGCUCCGACAACGAAACAUCCCAUUUACUGCUAUUUUAAUUGAUCAAAAUUGUCUGUACAUUGGUAUGCGUACUCGUGAACAACAGCAACAUUAA